AACUAGAGUCGUGUCAGUGCUCUGAAAAGCCUUAGUGUGAAUAUUCCACAGAUCCAAUUUCUAAAAACCAGAAGAUCAUAGACAUUUAGAAUGGAUGAUGAUGAUAAAGAGGCAGCAUUUGUAUCUGCUCUUCAGAAACCUCCUCAUUGACAGAGACAGACAGAAAAUGGAAGUUGUCUAGCCUUUCAAAGGAUGACCUUCAUCUGACACUUUGCUCCAAGAUCACAACAUGGACACCCUUCAUAAGGUUCUGCCAAACUCCGAGGAGGCUCAUACCACUGUUUAUACAGAUUUAACAAGUACCAAAACUGGGGGAGAUGAAAGUCCAAGGCUUGCAAAUCAAAAUUCCAACUUUAAGCUGCUUAUUAAUGAAACCUUAAAUGAAGCAGACGUUUCCAGAUUUUCUAAGGAAUGUCAUGAAAAUCUAGUAACUGAACAACUGAGACUGGAAGAAGGGAACCAGAGGGUCUUCAUCAAUAUAGCAGGUCUCAGAUAUGAGACAAAACUUAAAACUCUUAGUGAGUUUCCUGACACACUCCUUGGAGAUCCUCAUAAAAGAAUUCAUUAUUUUGAUUCCAUGAGGAAUGAAUAUUUUUUUGAUAGAAACCGUCCAAGCUUUGAUGGAAUUCUGUAUUUUUACCAGUCUGGUGGGAAAAUACGACGUCCAGCAAAUGUCCCAAUAGAUGUGUUUGCAGAUGAAAUAGUUUUCUAUGAGCUUGGAAAUGAAGCAUUAGAUCAAUUUCGAGAUGAUGAAGGUUUUCUUAAGGAUCCAGAAAUACCAUUACCAAAUAAUGAUUACCAUAGACAAUUCUGGUUGCUCUUUGAAUAUCCUGAAAGCUCCAGUGCAGCAAGAGGAAUGGCAUUGGUUUCAGUUUUGGUCAUUGUCAUCUCCAUACUUAUAUUCUGUUUAGAGACUUUGCCAGAAUUUAGAGAAGAAAGAGACUUUAGCUUAUUCAAAAAUUCAGGCAAUAAUACUGAAGGCAUGGCAUACCUUACCACCUUUACAGAUCCUUUCUUCCUGAUAGAGACGACUUGCAUAAUAUGGUUUUCGUUUGAGCUUUUGGUUAGGUUUGCCGUAUGCCCAAGUACUUCUGAAUUCUUUCAGAAUAUUAUGAAUAUAAUUGAUGUUGUGUCUAUCAUUCCAUAUUUUGUAACACUUAUUACAGAACUUGCGCAGCAAACAGAACCCCAUGGACAACAAAACAUGUCAUUAGCCAUUUUAAGAAUUGUCCGGCUUGUCAGGGUGUUCAGAAUUUUUAAGUUGUCAAGACAUUCGAAGGGACUUCAGAUAUUAGGACAAACCCUGAAAGCCAGCAUGAGAGAAUUGGGUUUGCUAAUAUUUUUUCUUUUCAUAGGUGUCAUUUUGUUUUCUAGUGCAGUAUAUUUUGCAGAAGUUGAUGAGCCUCAUUCUCAAUUUAUCAGCAUCCCAGAUGGCUUUUGGUGGGCAGUAGUAACCAUGACAACUGUUGGGUAUGGAGAUAUGUGCCCUAUCACAUUAGGUGGUAAACUUGUAGGUACUCUGUGUGCUAUUGCAGGUGUUUUAACUAUUGCCCUUCCAGUUCCAGUAAUUGUAUCAAAUUUUAAUUAUUUCUAUCACAGGGAAACAGACAAUGAAGAUCGACAAACAUUACCCGCGGAUGUAGACAAAACUAGUUUAAAUAAUUUAACGAGAUCAGGAAGUACUUCUUCUCUAAAGAAAAAUAAUGGAUCCUGCAUAAGUGACAAAAAUGGCAAAACUUAAACCUGGCUGUUAUUUCUUUUUAAUGCAAAGUUCAUAGAUUUUUUUUAUAUCGAUAAACACUGUAUUGCAUAAUGUUUGUGGCUCAUAAUUAAAAAGAAAAUGAAAAGUUAUUUUCCACCACCAUGUACAAUUAUGCUAAAUACUUGUAUAAUAUGUUAAAAUGUAAUUUAUUUGUAUGUCAUUGUCAUAUAUGAAAUGUAUGGUUUUUUUUUUAUAGGAAAAUUGUAAAAGAUGUUACUAAAAUCCAGGGCCGGCUCUACCAUUAGGCAGCUUUAGGCAGCUGCCUAGGGGGCCAGCCUCUGAAGGACGCUACUUUAUUCAUCUAGCAAAAAACUGAAGUCUGUCUCUGUAUGUGGCCUCCUCCUUUUAUACUGCGCUGGCUGCUACUGCGUUUCUAAUCAAGUGCUGCCGCCGCUAUCAAGCUGCACCACAUAGUGUCUCAGCGCUUAAUCCGUGAUUACACGUGUAGCAUCAAGUCAUGUGAAGGCACAUAGGGGUAGGAUGUAACUAUUGCUCCCGAGGGGUGCCACAACGGCUGCUUCUCAUAGCCCUGAUGCACCUCCUCCAGGCCCUUGUAUCCCGGCUCUCCAGCAGCAAGCAGCACCUGACUACAUGUCUGCACCCAGCAGCGUUGCUGUAAUGCUGCUGCCACUUGUAAAGGGAACUCUGCUGAUUACAAGGGAAAACAAGGAAACAUCUUAGGGGGCGCUAAGCUGAAGCUUUGCCUAUGGUGCAGAGAGACCUUGCACCAGCCCUGCUAAAAUCCUGUUCUCUAGUACUAUCACAAUAAUAUAAUGAAGCUCCAUAAUUACUGACCUUGCCCCCACAUAGCUAUAUUGUACCUCCCAACAUUUGCUGAGGCUGAUUCGGGAAAGGCAAUGUGUCUAAGGCAUCUGCGUGCCUUGCUUACAGUAUAUCUCCUCCCUCCAAGUGGGUAUGGACACACACUACAGAGAUAUAUCUGCUUGGACAUUAGAGGUAACAUCUCUAUAGUUGGUAAUCAUGUGGGAUAGGGAAAGUUAUACUGUAUUACCAGCUAUCCUGGAUUUAUCACAUCUCUCUCAUUUGCUGUAUGCAGCAUGUUAAUCAAGUUCAAUGAUAUGUAUGUAAAUUCCCUUUACUUUAUCUCAGAGAUCAAAAUGAGGAAGGGGUUUCUGUAUGAUACAUACAAAUCAGUUGAUCAUGCUGUCAGUGGUAUAUAUUUGGUAUGAACUAUAGUUACCUGUUUCCUUAUGAGAAAAGCAUUUACAGUAUGCAGCAUGUUACCACAGAUAGAUUUAAUUUAGUGUAUCACUAAGCAAUCUCAACAAUACAAAGAACAUAAAUUCAUUAAUUACAAUUAUUAAAAAACACACAUUUGCUUCCGCCUACAAAAUAGAAAAAUUUUAAGGAAAAAAAUUAGCCAGCAUGAAUAUUGGAACACCCGCACAUUGCUGACUGACCAACGCUGCUCCCACAUGACAAAUUAAUGUCCCACUGAAGGCGGAAGGUAGACACCACAGGAAUGACAGGUAGGAGCCGCCACUGACCACAAGAUAAGUCACAUAAAAAUACCACAUUUACAUCUUUAGGGUUUGUACUUUCCACAAAUUAAUUUGGUUCAAAAUUUCAGGUUCCAAUUUAUGCAUUGGAAGUGGAACCUUAAUGCAUUGUCUUAAAUUGUAAUAACAAUAGCUGAUAUUUUCAAUGUGUUCAGUCAACUUGUAUAUGUUAAGAACACAAUAUUAUGGUAUGCUAUUUUUGUGGUUUAGGGAACUCUCUUAAGGUGCAUAUACACUGGGCGUUUUUGCCCAGCGUGUAUGUACAGCGAUGAU